GGACACCCUGGCCGCGGCUGGACAACACCUCCCUCUUUUCGGCGUCAUCACCGGCAUUAGAGCGCCUAUAUCCCGGGGCGAAGGGACGACGAGAACCGCCGCCGUGCAGCACACAGGGUAAAAGCAGGACAGCAUGGACUUCCAGCUGAGCAUUGGAGCUCUUCUCAUGACGCUCCUGAGUCACAUGACGUCAGCGCUGGAAGUGCCUCUUGACCCAAAAGUCCUGGAAGGAUUGCCGCAGCCCCCGACAAUAACGCUCCAGUCCCCCAAGGACUACAUUUUUGACCCCCGGGAGAACAUCGUCAUCCACUGUGAAGCCAAGGGGAAGCCUCACCCCAGCUUUUCGUGGACAAGAAACGGAACCCAUUUCGAUGUGGAGAAAGACUCCAAAGUUCUGAUGAAGCCCGGCUCAGGGACUCUGGUCAUAGACAUCAGCGGUGAGAAGGCCGAGGCCUACGAGGGGACGUACCAGUGUACAGCCCACAACGAUCACGGCACGGCUGUGUCCAACAACAUCGUCAUCAGACAGUCCAGGUCCCCCUUGUGGUCGAAGGAAAGAAUUGAGGCCAUCACCGUGCAGCUGGGGAUCUCCCUGGUGCUACAAUGCCGACCCCCGGCCGGGCUGCCCCCUCCCGUCAUAUUUUGGAUGGAUAACAAUUUCCAGAAGCUGCCGCUGGACAAACGAGUGUCCCAGGCCCUGAAUGGAGACUUGUACUUCUCCAAUGUCCUGGCUGAGGACACCAGGAAUGACUACAUCUGCUACGCCCGCUUCCCACAUACACAAACCAUUCAGCAGAAGCAGCCCAUCUCUGUCACAGUGCAGGAGAUAGAUACAAUGAAUGAGACUGUGGCUGCUUUGUACAAUGUCACUACCUUUAGUGCCAACCCAGCAAGAGAGCAGCGCCCAGGCUUCUUGACGCCUUUGGGCGCCACCAGCACCAAAUUGGUUCUACGGGGCGAGACCCUGGAGCUGGAAUGCAUCGCGGAGGGCUUGCCCACUCCAGACAUGUCGUGGCAGAAAGACGGAGGAGAGCUGCCCACCAGCAGAGUCUCCUUCCUCAACUACAAGAAAACUCUAAAGAUUUCCGACGUCGGUGAAGCCGACGCCGGCGACUACACCUGCACGGCCACGAAUCGCCUGGGCACGGCAGACCACAUCAUUAAGGUCACCGUCAAAGCUGCUCCUUUCUGGAUCAGCGCUCCCAGGAACCUGAUCCUCGCUCCUAAUGAAACCGGCAUCUUGACUUGUCGAGUCAGUGGAGACCCCAAACCGGAAAUAAGAUGGUUUGUCAAUGGGAUCCUCUUAGAGAAUGCCCCAGAGGACCACACCCGCAAGGUGGAGGACGACACCGUGAUUCUCAGCAACGUGCAGUCCGGAUCCAGCGCCGUUUAUCAGUGUAACGCAUCCAACGAAUUUGGCUACCUGAUCGCCAAUGCGUUUGUGAACGUUCUUGCUCAGCCCCCGAGGGUCCUCACCCCCCCCAACCAAGUGUACCAAGUCAUCACCAACAGCCCCGCUUUGCUGGACUGUGCUACUUUUGGCUCGCCGAUACCAACCAUCACGUGGUUCAAAGACGGUAAGACCAGCGUUAAGAGCGGAGACCCCUAUGUGAUCCACGAGAACGGUACCUUGGAGAUCAACGUGGCCCAGUCGCAGAACAGCGGGAAGUACACGUGCAUCGCCACCAACAACCUGGGCAUCAAGGAGAACCACGUCUUCCUGGAGGUUAAAGAGCCAACGCGCAUCCUAAAGCAGCCUGAAUACAAAGUGGUGCAGAGAGGCAUGAGCGCCGUUUUUGAGUGUAAGGUCAAACACGACCCCUCCCUCGUCCCCACCAUGACCUGGCUGAAGAACAACGGCGAGCUGCCGGAUGACGAGAGGUUUGAGGUGGACACAGACAGUCUGGUCAUCAAAGACGUGAUGGAUGAAGACGAGGGCACGUACACCUGCAUCAUGAACACCAGCCUGGACCAGGACUCAGCCAGCGCCAUGCUGACUGUCGUCGAGGCUACUCCUACUCCAGCUAUUGUCUACGAGAAACCUGACCCAGCCACUGACCUGGAACUCACCGACCAGACUGAAAGGAGUGUUCAGCUCACUUGGAUCCCAGGAGAUGAACACAACAGCCCCACACAAAAGUUUCUGAUCCAAUAUGAGGAUUUGCUGCACCAGCCAGGCGUCUGGGUCAACAUGACGGAGGUCCCCGGUACGAGCACGACUGCACACCUCAACCUGUCACCUUUCAUCUACUACUCCUUCCGUGUACUGGCCAAGAACCAGGUUGGCUACAGCCAACCCAGCCAGGCGUCACGCCAAUACCGAACCAACCCUGCUGCCCCUGAUGACAAUCCAUCAGACGUUCAUGGCGAGGGAACAGAACCUGGCAACCUUGUCAUCUCCUGGAGAUCGCUAACAGGAUUUCAGUCUAACGGCCCUGGUCUGGAGUACAAAGUCCUAUGGAGGCAGAAGGAUGUUGAUCAAGAGUGGUCUUCCACAACAGUGGCCAACGUCACACAGGUGGUCGUGACCGGAACUCCUAUCUUUGCACCCUACGAGAUCAAGGUCCAAUCUCUGAACGACUACGGCAGCGGGCCGGAAGCUGAAGUAAUCAUCGGGUACUCUGGGGAAGAUUUGCCUACAUCUGCGCCUGACGGCGUUCUGGUCAUGGUUCACAACAGCACCCUGGCAGAAGUGCACUGGGAGCCGGUGUCCGCUCACUCAAUCAGGGGGAAACUGAAGGGAUACAAGGUAUAUUACCGGCGUGAGCGAGGCUUGCACAAGACCGAGGAGGAGGCAGAUCAAGAAUCUCAAGACCAGGUUGUGACCUUCAGCGGGAAUAAUACUGAGGGCUCUCUGCCGGGCCUCCAACCCUACAGCCUGUACAACCUCUUCAUCAGAGUCCUGAAUAGCAAAGGAGAAGGUCCUCCUAGUCCAGAUAAGCAGUUUGAGACACCAGAGGGAGUUCCAGGCCCUCCUUCCUUUCUCAAUGUCUUGAACCCCAGUUUGGACUCUCUCACUCUGGAAUGGGGCCCGCCGCUAAACAACAAUGGACGCCUUAUUGGAUACUCUCUCAAAUACCAGCCAGUCAACAACACCGUUGAAAUGGGGCCGGUCAAGAUGAUGGAAUUUCCGGUCAACGAGACGACCGUGACUCUGGACAACCUGAACUCUAGCGUGCUGUACAAGUUUGACUUAAGUGCAAAGACGAUCAAAGGAGCCGGGGCCAGCACCACAAGAGAGGCGUCCACCGUCAUGGAAACAACUCAUACUGGUCCCACUAUAGAGGCGGGUAAAGGCCCCACAGAAGCGACUACUCCCGUCACUCAGUCUCCCACACUUCACAAGGCGCCCUCUGUAGGCCCCGUGUUUGGCACGUUUAACACUUCAGUGUCCGAGGAGGGUGCGGUGAUCAGUUGGGAAUACUUCGGACCCCAUAAGAACGUUUAUGUGGAAUACACGGUGGAAAACAGCAAAGAGGACUGGAAAAAGGAGUCGGUAAACGGCUCGCACUCGCACGUAUUAAAAGGCUUAAAGCCAGGGACGUCCUAUAAGGUGCGCGUGGUAGCUCGAGACCCGGCCGGGCCGACGCUCCACAGCACCAAGGAGGAGGUGGUUACGGUGCCAGCCGUGCCCAGUCGCCACGUGGACAUCGCCACCCAGGGCUGGUUCAUCGGACUGAUGUGCGCCAUCGCUCUUCUCAUCCUGGUGCUCCUCAUCGUCUGCUUCAUCAAGAGGAACAAGGGCGGCAAAUAUCCAGUGAAAGAGAAAGAAGAAGCCCACCAGGACCCAGAGAUCCAGCCCAUGAAGGAGGACGAUGGCACAUUCGGAGAAUACAGCGACACCGAGGACCACAAGCCGCUGAAGGGCAGCCGGACGCCGUCCAACGGCACGGUGCGCCGCGACGAGAGCGACGACAGCCUGGUGGACUACGGCGAGGGCGGCGACGGGCAGUUCAACGAGGACGGCUCCUUCAUCGGCCAGUACAGCGGCAAGAAGGAGAAGGACACGCACGAGGGCAACGAGAGCUCCGAGGCGCCGUCGCCCGUCAACGCCAUGAACUCCUUUGUCUAACCUGCGCCGCGGGGGGGGUUGCCGUGGCGCACCGUAACUUUGGACCGCCGUGGUGGUCGCCCUGGCGACCGAGGGUGGCCGCCGUCACCCCGUUGCACCCUCCGCCUGCUCCUGCUCGCAAAGACAGACGGACACCACAGUCCAGACGGUGGAGGCUGAAGGAGCGACUCUUGAGAGGAAGCAAUAUAGAAAAGGAAUGUAUCAAGAGUGUCGGCCCUGUGUGUGUGUGUGUGUGUGUGUGUGUGUGUGUGUGUGUGUGUGUGUGUGUGUGUGUGUGUGUGUUCUGGCAAUGCUUACUUAAUGGGGGACAUCGCUCUGUUUACACAGUCACCUUUAGGGGACCUCUGAUGGUAUGGGGACAAAAAAACAGGCAUACUUGCCAACCCUCCCGAUUUUCCCGGGAGACUCCCGAAUUUCAGUGCCCCUCCCGAAAAUCUCCGGGGGCAACCAUUCUCCCGAAUUUCUCCCGAUUUCAACAAUAUUAGCAUCCUCUCUCACCUGAAACCUUCACCCCUUAACAGCCUCAUGCUGUCCAGGCGUCCGCUUUUCCUCAAUAUAAACAGCGUGCCGGCACAUUCACAUAAUAAUGUAGCGUUAGAUGGUUGACAAGACUCUGCAGCAUCGCGUGGACAUCGGGGGCGGUACCUCUGGAUUGGCAGACCGGGGUGGUGGUUCCUCUCUUUAAGAAGGGGAACCGGAGGGUGUGUUCUAACUAUCGUGGGAUCACACUCCUCAGCCUUCCCGGUAAGGUCUAUUCAGGUGUACUGGAGAGGAGGCUACGCCGGAUAGUCGAACCUCGGAUUCAGGAGGAACGGUGUGGUUUUCGUCCUGGUCGUGGAACUGUGGACCAGCUCUAUACUCUCGGCAGGGUCCUUGAGGGUGCAUGGGAGUUUGCCCAA